AUAUUUUAUUGAUGCUCUCAUUACUUGAUAGCCAGGCCUCUACUGUACCUGCAUUUUUGACAAAAUUGUGGGCUCUUGUUGAUGAUCCAUCUACUGAUGAUGUUAUAUGCUGGGAUUUAACAGGAAAGAGCUUUCAUGUAUAUGACCAGGGUCGAUUUUCGAAAGAAAUUUUGCCGCUAUAUUUUAAGCAUUCAAACAUUUCAAGUUUUAUCCGUCAGUUAAAUAUGUAUGGAUUUAAGAAGGUAGCGCACUUAAACUCGGGCAUCAAAUUUGAAAAUGGUGAUCUUGAGUUUCAACAUCAAUAUUUUGUGAAGGGGGAAGAGAGAUUAUUAGACAUGAUUAAGAGAAAGGUGAAGUCUGAGGAAUCUUCUAAAGUAGUUAACAACGAUGAUUAUGGCAAAAUUUGCGAAAAUGUGAAAAAUUUAGCUUCACAGUGUCAAACUCUAGUCAGCAGAUUUGAUUUGGCCAAAAGAGAAAAUGAAGCACUUUGGAGAGAAAUAUCUAUGCUAAGACAAAAAAAUAUGAGACAACAGAAUAUCCUCAACAAGAUCAUUAAUUUCCUCUUUUCUGCGGUUAGAAACCGACAAGUACCCUCAAAUAAAAGGAAGUUACCUAUGAUAACUGCUUUUGAGCCUCUAAAUAAGUUCUCUCGUUUUGACAACAAACUGAACAAAAAUCUUUUGAGAACUGUAGAGAAUGAAGGAGAUGUAACCGUAGAAAUUAAGGAAAAAUGGCAGCCUACUUCGAGUCUCAAUUCACAAAACGAAUACCUAAGAGAGACUAGAGAUUACGAAAGAACCACCAGCAAUGAAGAACGAUCAAAUUUUGAUGAAGAACAAAGCAAAAUGGAUGCCUUGGAGUUAACUCAAGAUAUUGAAAAAAUGCAAUGUGAUCUUGACACAUUGAAAGAGGUGCUAGCUAAAUCACCGUUUAUAUUAGAUGCUGAACAACUUAAGAAUGUUUUUACAACGGAUCCUCUAUCUGUUUCAUUUCCGGAGACAAUCACUUGUUCUACUUCAAAGAGUAAUGCUGAUAACCAGUCUGUUGGCUUUGAUAAUGAACAGCAGUCUUUGUCGGUUGCACCUACUAAUCUCUUCCCUGAGCUAGAUUUUUUAGAUCAGCUCAACUCAUCUUAUGGUGAAGAAAGAGUUGAAAAAAAUACCUCAGUCCAACAUUUAUAA